AUGCGACUCGGUGCAGCUCACCUGCUGUGGGCGUCAAUCGUUCCUACGGCGCUGGCUAUACUCGCAGACGAGGCUUAUCACAUCGACUAUCACCAUGCUCUCCUAGGAACCCCCGUCGCAGACAACACCUUCUUCCACCGAUCGAGUCCCUCCUCGGUAGCUUCGCUACUCUAUACGCACUCAGAAAAGAACAUUCUCGGAGCCGUUAAUCCAAAAGAUGGCUCAGUUGUAUGGAGACAAAACAUUUCAGACUAUUUCCCGCAAACAUCCAACCAAGCUUUCCUGCGUGCGGCGGAUAACGACGAUACAGUGUUGAGUGCGUUUGGGAGCAGUGUUUCCGCAUGGGAUGCAAUAGAUGGACGGUUUCGGUGGAUUCAGCAGUUUUUGGAUGGGCCGGUUAAAGAUCUUGAGCUGGGGCCUGACAGCCCAGUGGAAAGACAUGACGUUUUGGUGGUCUCCGGCGAUAAGAAAGGGGUUUUAAGGCGGUUGGAUAUUGAUUCUGGCAACGUAAUAUGGGAGUACAGAGAUGAGAGUUCCAGAGCUGAUUUCCCAACCUCUAGUGAUGAUGUUCCAUUCCAAGUGUCUGUGGCAUCUAAGUCUACUGGCUACUAUGUGGCCUUGCAGCCUUCUCGAUCUGGAUAUAAAAUCAAGGUCACCACUCUGGAUUUAGCUAAAGGAAGGGCUGGGGACCAGUAUAUACUGAACUCCGAAACGGAAGUAUCCGGUCCCGAAUCUAUCCUCAUUGUUGGCGGAAACCCGGCAGCGCCUUUGAUUGCCUGGACGGACAAGCAGAAUACCGUCCUCAAACUUAAUGUACUGGGAUCUAAAAAUAUUGAAUCGGUCAAGAUUGACAAUGAGGAGGUUCGCAAUAUUCAAAUCCACACAUCCCCAAGCUCGAGCAGCCCCACGCACUUCCUUGUGGAAUAUUGUACAGAGUCGGCUUCAUGGGCUGAAGUAUACCAUAUCAACCGCAGCACUGCGAGCAUAUCUAAAGCCUAUAAUCUUCCAAAGGUUCGAGGAAAGUCAGCCAUAACCGCUGGUACUAGCGUCAGCAACGAUGACCUUUAUUUCACUCGCAUCACUCCAGCCGAGGUUAUCAUAUACUCGUCCGCUUCCGAUAAGGCUUUAGGGAAAUGGAAGCCUAGCCAAGUGUUAUCGGGGAACUACCAGCAUGCAAUCUCUGAGGUUGUUGCGCUUGAAUCAGGCGUCUCCGUUCGAUUUGCUCAAGUCGAUGAGUCAGGAGAUUGGUCCUUGGUGCUGAAUGGACAGCUACAAUGGACCAGACCAGAGUCACUUACUGAAACCGUUGCUGUGGCAUGGUCUGAUCUGAAUAAUGGUGUAACCCUGGCUCGCGAGCUUGAAGUAGAAGGCCACCAGAGCGUACCAAUGGCUUAUGCUCAUCGGUUAAUUCGGCAUCUCAAGGGUAUACAGCAACACCUCCCCGACUGGCUGAUGGAGAGUCCUAUAAGAGUCUUGACCAGCUUCAUGCCAAGUGAUAUCAACGACCUUCUCCAAUUUGGCUUUGGACAGCAUGUUAUUCUUGCAACUCGAACCGGACGAGUUGCAGCGCUUGACUCGGGGCGUCAGGGGAAAGUGAUGUGGAACAUCAAGGCAGUAGAAAACGACGCCGACUGGGGUGUGAAAGCAAUAGCUGCUGAACUGGGGCUCGCAACUGUCUAUGUGGACGACGGUAGCUCUCUCCAGGUCAACAUCACCACUGGUGAGAUCACAAACCGUUCCCCGCCAACACAGAAAGUUGCAUCGAUAGCGUUUAUUCCAGACGGUUCCUCGGACAUCAAGGUUGGCGUGGAAGAAAACGGCGUGCCCAUCAACUCUGCUUACGCUAAUGGAAUUGAUAAAUUCCUAGUCACUCGAAGUGGUGACAAGAAGAUUCUAGGCUGGAAUACCAGCAAAUCCAAAGCUCCAAUGUGGGAGUUUACAGUUCCGGGGGACCAGAAGAUCAUACACGCCACUGCACGACCAGCUCAUGAUCCUGUUGCUUCUAUAGGUAAAGUAUUAGGCAACAGAUCUGUUCUCUACAAGUACCUAAACACAAACCUUGCUCUCAUCACGGCAACUGGCGAUUCUACCGUGGAUUUCUACCUACUUGACGGUGUCUCCGGCCAGAUCCUACAUACGGCGAGAUAUACCGACGUCGAUACUACCCAGCCCAUCUCCUCGGUUAUUUCCGAGAACUGGUUCGCCUACUCGUUCUGGUCCGAUACUAGUGAGAAAUCGGAUGCAAAGGGCUACCAGCUCAUUGUUUCUGAGUUGUACGAGUCGUCUAUCCCCAAUGAUCGUGGUGUUCUCGGUGACGCUGCAAACUACUCAAGCAUCAGCAACUUUACCAUGCCACAUGUCAUAUCGCAGGCAUACAUGAUCCCCGAAGCCAUCUCUAACAUGGCGGUCACCCAAACCCGACAGGGAAUAUCAAUCAGACAGCUACUCUGCACCCUUCCGGCGUCGCGCAGCAUUGUCGGAAUCCCACGGCCUAUCCUUGAUCCACGUCGUCCUAUUGGCCGUGAUCCCACUUCACAAGAAGCAGCGGAAGGCUUAAUGAAGUAUAAUCCGAACCUCGAAUUUGACCCCAAAUGGUACCUUACACAUUCCCGGGAUGUGAUCGGUAUCAAGCAGAUCGAAUCCAACCCAACAUUACUUGAAAGCACAACCCUCAUAUUCUCCUAUGGAUUUGAUAUUUUUGGAACUCGUCUUGCGCCAAGCCAACCCUUUGACAUUCUCGACAAGGGGUUCUCGAAGAUCCAGCUCUUGCUCACUGUUGUUGCAUUGAUGGCCGGUGUCAGCGCCCUGGCUCCUCUGGCUCGAAGUAAGCAAGUGAAUCUCCUGUGGAAGUCAUCCUAA